AUGCAAGCCAAUGGCGCUGAGGGUGAGUUUAUAAACAAGAACUUGAUGGUGAGGAACGUGGGGCCCAAAGGCUUGGGUGUGGUGGCGACCGCACCUCUUGCAAGGGGGGAGCUGUUGCUGGAGGAAGCUCCCCUUCUGGUGUUCCAAAAUCAAUCCUUCGAGGUCAUCUUCGGCGAUCUCCAGGAUGUGCUCACGGAUGAUCGAUCUUUUGACCUUUGGGAAGCCAGCCUGACAGAAACCGUGGAAUCUCAGUGUGGCGGGGAGGCGGCAAGACAGUUCUGGGAUCUGGCAGACACCUGCAGUGAGCCAAGCUGUAAAACAGCCUUGGGAAUUGCACGUACCAAUGCGCUCGGCCUGGAUGCGGAUUCUGCUGGGCUCUUUCUCUUUCUAUCGAGAUUCAACCAUAGCUGCAGACCCAAUGUCCAUCACAGCUGGCAAGAGGAUCGAGGUCUGCAGGUGUUAAGGGCUUCUUGCAGCAUCGCUGCCAACGAAGAGCUUUGCAUUUCAUACCUCUCCUUGCUGGCACUGUGCUCUCCGACCCGUGAACGUCUUGGCGAAAUAAGUGAUAGAUUCGGGUUUGACUGUGAAUGCAGUGCGUGUUCUGCAGGAGUGAGGCGAAUGCGUGACAGCGAUUGGAGAAGAGAGCGCUUGUCGCAACUGUGUGCUGCGCUAUCGCAAGAAGAGGAUAGGGACGAGAAGAGGCUAGGUCCGUCUGAUGGAAUGCGCUUGCAGUUGCGCAAGCGAACCCCUUUGUUCUUUGAAGUGGAUGAUGAAGGCCAGCAGGAGCUACAAUACACCCUUGAGAGAGGCUGGCGCUCCGAGGCUAUGUCGACUUCAGAGGGCGACAGCGGCGACAUUGUCGAGAGCAUUGAGAUGAGCAACGGCCUCCGAGAGGCAACAGCUCUUCUGGACGAGGAGCUUCACGGGCACCCAGCAGCCAGGGCACUUUUGUUCUUUGGUGGCUUCCGGCGGGCCAUGGCUGCCGGCCGUCUCUCGGCUGCAAAGUCCUUGGCCAAAGCCGCCUGGAACGCCACGUCCACAGCCGAGGGGUCGACCUCUUGGCGGGCACAGAGGCUGCAGCUAUUGGCAGAGGAUCCCCGGGCACUGAGCAGAAGCAGGCUGGAGCAGGAGGAGCAAAAGGCCGUUCGCGCAUCCACCAGACAUCUCCAUACAUCUCUGCUUGCUCCUUCGCCUGCUUCACCGCCUUCGGCAUCUCUGGCUCAGACCUUUGAAGGUUCGAGAUGUUCGACGAAGUUCGAAGCUCAAGACGCUGCGCGGCGUGACACAGCGGUUGGGUUUAUCCCGGUGUUUCUAUUCUGCCAGGGCAUCCCGGCUACCAAGCUGCUGACCACGGUGCACGAGGUGCUGGCCAGGUCACUCAACUUGAUGAGGCUUUCGCUGGUGGCAGCACCAGCUCUGGUUCAGUGCUUUUACAUUCACAGCGUGGACUUUGCAAGCUGGCUAUCUAAGCUCGUGCUUGUCUACAUCCUAAUGGGCACCGUUUGCUUCAUUGUGAUGCCGGAUCAGCUCUACAACGGGAUGGGCAUGGGCAUGUUUCGGUGGGCAUUUGAAAUUUUCUACCCCGAGAUUGCCCGAGCCAACGGCAGCCUUCACGAUCCGGCAGAGAAGACCGUCGCCUGCGUGGCCGGGCGGAGGAUUGGCCAGCUGGCAGGGAUGCGAGCUAGGCUGAGGUGGCAUGGAUCAACGAAAUAUCUUUGCUUGACGCAUGAUGGCUGGACCGUCACUGGUGACGAGAAGCAUGCAUGCUCGGUCGAGUUCCACAAUGUGUACUGGCAGGACAGGCUUGUUCCUGACACGUACACUUUGCGGGUGCUUGCUCCCACAUCUGACUUCCACGAAUGCUGGCUCUCCUUCAAGCCUGUGAACCAUCUUCGCUUCGGCGGUUGGCUUGCUGCUUACCCGAACGAGCAGAAGGCUUGCCCUUACAAGGUAGUCCGGGACAGCUCCUGCCCGGUUGAUUCUUGCAAGCUGCUUUGUGCUUGGACCAGCAUGCUGCCUCCCUCUCAGAAGUCUUGUGCAGGCCCCUGCAGACAUGCCAGCAUCUAG